CAAAUUUAUGUAAAAAAUCAAUAUAUUUGAAAACAAUGUAUUUAUUUUUUUUUAACUUUCAGCCUUUGUGUGCGCAUGUUGGAUUGGUUUGACUACCAUGGACAUAUGUGUAUUGCAUUUCAAAUGUUGGGCCUUAGUGUUUUCGAUUUUCUAAAAGACAACAACUACCAUCCAUAUCCGUUAGAACAAGUAAGACAUAUUGGAUACCAAUUGUGUUUUUCUGUGAAAUUUCUGCACGAGAAUAACUUAACUCACACAGAUCUAAAGCCUGAAAACAUCUUAUUUGUAGAUGCCGAUUUUGAAACAACGAAUGUUUAUAGUAAUAAGAGAUUGCGUGAGGUGAAGAGAGUGAAGCGAACUGAUGUUAGGCUAAUUGAUUUUGGUAGUGCAACAUUUGAUCACGAACACCAUAGUACUAUUGUAUCAACAAGGCAUUAUCGUGCACCUGAAGUGAUAUUAGAAUUAGGUUGGUCGCAGCCAUGUGACGUAUGGUCAAUUGGCUGCAUUUUAUUUGAAUUAUAUCUCGGCGUAACAUUAUUUCAAACGCACGACAACCGAGAACAUUUGGCUAUGAUGCAAAGGAUUCUUGGCGAAAUACCCAUACGAAUGGCAAGAAAAACUAAGACAAAAUAUUUUCACCGAGGCAAAUUAGAUUGGGAUGAGAAAAGUUCGGCAGGUCGAUACGUUCGAAAUAAUUGUAAACCUCUAAUGAGGUAUAGACAAAGCGAAGAAAGCGACCAUAUGCAGUUGUUUAAUCUAAUCUUACGAAUGCUAGAAUAUGAACCUUUGCAGAGGAUUACUCUACGAGAAGCUCUUGCACAUCCAUUUUUCGAUAAAAUACCGGCGCAUCUUCGACUUGGAGAUCCACAAGGUUCGGUCGACAUUAGACGAGAACGUAGUCUUUCAAUUUCCCGAUGAAAGUGGUAGUACCAAGUUUUGUUAUCGCCUUAUUUAUUUGACUAAUUAAGACGUCCGAUUAUAUUCUUAGUUAAUGAAAUCUACGUGAAAAUAAUGCAAAUUUGCGAAUCUUGAUCGUGCGUGGGUAAAUUUUAUAUGCGCAAUUUCUUAUUUAUUAUGUCGUGAGAAUACGUUUGAAAGGACAUCACAAAUUAUGUUACCCAAGACUGCUUAGCGCAAGUUAAAAUUUGUAACACGAGAAUUAUAAAAAAUUCUUAAUUGUAUAAUAAUUUUCACAUCCUGUUGUAAAAUAUAAGUUGUAAAAAUAGAAGAAAUUCGUUAGAUUAUAAGAAUUUAGUUUUGUAUAA